AUGUCGCAAGCGCGGAUAUACGCGGACGUGAACGUGCAGCGGCCCAAGGAGUAUUGGGACUACGAGGCGCUCACCGUGCAAUGGGGAGACCAGGACGACUACGAGGUGGUGCGUAAGGUGGGGCGGGGCAAGUACAGCGAGGUGUUUGAGGGGGUCAACGCGGUCAACAGCGAGAAGUGCAUCAUCAAGAUCCUCAAACCCGUCAAGAAGAAGAAGAUCAAGCGCGAGAUCAAGAUUCUGCAGAACCUGUGCGGGGGCCCCAACAUCAUCCGGCUGCUGGACAUCGUGCGCGACCCGCAGAGCAAGACACCGUCGCUCAUCUUUGAGUUUGUCAACAACACCGACUUCAAAGUGCUCUACCCCACACUCUCUGACUACGAUAUCCGCUACUACAUCUAUGAACUUCUCAAGGCUCUCGACUUCUGCCAUUCACAGGGCAUCAUGCAUCGGGACGUGAAGCCACACAACGUGAUGAUCGACCACGAGCAGAGGAAGCUGAGGCUCAUUGACUGGGGUCUGGCGGAGUUCUACCACCCCAACAAGGAGUACAAUGUGCGUGUCGCCUCCAGGUACUUCAAGGGCCCCGAGCUGCUAGUAGACUUGCAGGACUACGACUACUCGCUGGACAUGUGGAGCCUUGGGUGCAUGUUCGCUGGCAUGAUAUUCCGCAAGGAGCCUUUCUUCUACGGCCACGACAACUACGAUCAGCUUGUCAAGAUCGCCAAGGUGUUGGGAACGGACGAGUUGAACAGCUAUCUGGGCAAGUACAGCAUCAUGCUGGACCCGCAUCUGGAGGCGCUGGUGGGGAGGCACAGCCGCAAGCCGUGGUCCAAGUUCGUUAACAGCGACAACCAGCACCUUGUGUCCCCUGAGGCGGUGGACUUUCUGGACAAGCUGCUGCGGUACGACCACCAGGACCGGCUCACAGCGAGGGAAGCCAUGGCGCAUCCGUAUUUCUACCCUUUUUAUCAAUUCGUGUUUACAACACAAAUCGCCGUCACUCGCAAGCUAGUUAUGGCUGCUCCCGCCGCCUCCUUGAGCGCCUCGCAGCAUCUUUGCCGCCUCAACGUCGCCCUUCCGGCUGCGGUAGCCCGCGGUAGCGUGCGCGAGCUUAUAGCUGCGCCUGCGCGCGCCGGGAAGGGGCUGAAGGCGAGUGCGCGUGGAAACGAUAGGCGAAAGGCAGCAGCAGCAGGAAGGAGUGCGCGACUGGGGUGCCGCGCGAUGGCGAGCGAGGGUGGUUCCGCCACUGCCGUUUCGGCGCCAUCUGCGGUCACGCAACUUCCCGACCUCAUGACCGAGUUCAUGGUGGACAUGUCGUGCCAGAGCUGCGUCAAGAACGUGCGCCAGAAGCUGGAGCCUCUGGAAGGUGUCAAGUUGGUAGACAUUAAUCUGGAGUCGCAGGUGGUGCGCGUGUUGGGGAGUGCCACGCUGGCCCAGCUAGAGGAGGCACUGAAGAAAAGCGGCCGCAAGGCGCGGCUGAUUGGCCAGGGCGACCCCUCUCAGCUGGCCCUAACAGCAGCAGUGGCAGAAUUCAAGGGGCCGGUGAUCCACGGUGUAGUGCGGUUCGCCCAGGUGAGCAUGGAGGAGGUGCGGGUGGAAGCACAGUUCGAUGGCCUCUCGCCCUCCACCGCCCAUGCAUGGGCCGUCAACGAGUAUGGGGACCUCACCCGUGGCGCUGACAGCACCGGCAGGUGCUACCCAGGGGAGGCGUCAUCUGCUGCUGCUGCUGAUGGGCCCGCAGGCGAUCUGGGAGUGCUACAGGUGGAUGACAAGGGCCAUGCCUCGUAUGCAGCGCCCAGCACGCGCCUCAAGGUGUGGGACCUCAUCGGCCGGGCCGUGGCGGUGUAUGAAGGGGCCGACAGGAGCAGCAGCGGCGUGGCAGCAGCGGUGAUUGCGCGCAGUGCAGGUGUGGGGCAGAACCACAAGUCGCUGUGCUCGUGCGAUGGCACCAUCAUCUGGGAGGCCACUCCUAGUGACUAUGUGCAGCAGAAGUAG